CGCCCGCCCUCCCUCCUGCCCGGCGCGGCGCGGCGGGGCGGGCGGCUCCGCGCCUCUCCGCUCCGCGCCUCUCCGCUCCGCUCCGCGCUAUGAGCGCCGGCGCUCCCGUGCCUCCUCGCGGCCGCUUCCUGCCCGGCGGGGGGCUCUCCGCCCCGCUCUGAGGGACGCAGCGGCGGGGCCGCGGAGCGAGCGGAGCGCGGAGCCGGGCGCGCCGCGGCGCAGCGGAGCGGAGCGGGGCGAAGGCAGCGCGGCGCCAUGCGGGGCCCGGCGCUGGGGCUGGCGCUGGCGCUGGGGCUGCUGCUGCUGCUCGGCGCGGCGUGGCUGGCGCGCGGGCAGAACGAGACGGAGCCCAUCGUGCUGGAGGGCAAGUGCCUCGUGGUGUGCGACUCCAACCCCACCUCCGACCCCACGGGCACCGCGCUGGGCAUCUCCGUGCGCUCCGGCAGCGCCAAGGUCGCCUUCUCCGCCAUCCGCAGCACCAACCACGAGCCCUCCGAGAUGAGCAACCGCACCAUGAUCAUCUACUUCGACCAGGUACUAGUGAACAUCGGCAGCAACUUCGACUCGGAGAGGAGCACCUUCAUAUCGCCCCGGAAAGGGAUUUACAGUUUUAAUUUUCACGUGGUGAAAGUGUACAACAGGCAAACCAUCCAGGUGAGUUUGAUGCUAAAUGGGUGGCCAGUGAUUUCUGCCUUUGCAGGGGACCAAGAUGUGACCCGAGAAGCUGCUAGCAAUGGAGUCCUGAUUCAGAUGGAGAAAGGAGACAGAGCUUAUCUAAAACUGGAGAGAGGAAACUUGAUGGGAGGCUGGAAGUAUUCCACGUUCUCUGGAUUUCUAGUGUUCCCGCUUUAAAUAACUUCUCAUCCGAGCAGAGGGAAAGCAGCAAGUCAGAGAAUUUCUUACAAAUUCCCGAAUUGUAGCUGGGUUUAAAGAGCUGUGGACAGCAGACUUUUUACAUUCAAAUAUUAAAGAAGCUAAAUCCUGCUUAGGUUUGUGUACAUCUGCUUUGAAGAAUUACUACUUAUUUUUGUUGUGUUGCAGCCAACAGGCGGGAGACACUAUAAUUGAUCAUACCCCCAUUUAUAUUCCUCUCUCUCCUCCCACAAAAUUAGUUCCCAUCUCUGUGUCACUGGUGUAAUCUGCCAUCGUUCCCCCCAUGGUUUCUGCCUCGCCCAAGUAGACUUUAGAUAUUUUCGUUGUCGUUUACAGCAUAUUUUGUAGUUUUGUUUUUAAAACAUGUUAAUCUUGACUCUUUCUCUGAGUUUAACUUUUAAAAAAGCAAAGUAUUUUUGAAUACAUGGAUGCCAUGACGGAAGGGAAAAUGCAAUUCUUGCUGUAUACCGGCUGGCAAAGGAAAAAUUUAUACACUAAGAACUAUUCACAGCCAAGGCUGACUAGAGUAUUUCAGUAUUUCUAUGUAAUUCUGAGUGAUUGUGAAAUUUAAGGCUGCUAAAUGUUUUGAUGCUUGUUUUGCUCUUGUAAAAUGUGGCCCAACUAAACGCCAGGAAGUAUAUUGAACUUUUACUAUUACUCUGUAAUAUAUGUGUGAAUAUCGAAAAUUAAUUUUUGCUUUAAUUCAAUAAAGUUUAAAUGGGACUUUUA